CUGAAGGCCUGUCACUUUGUGUCUGUCAUUUGUGCUCUCCUUCCAUCUCAAACCAAGGCGACUCCUCGGCCAAGUUCUGUUUGUCGUGUUCAUGUUCCAGUGGACGGGUUCUCCAUGUGGAUUGGUUUGUUGCCGCACACUGUUUUUCUCUGCCUUUCGUGCGCUGUCGGCUGCCUCAGUUUAACCUUCAGCAGGACUUACCAACAAGUGUUCGAUCUGGAGUUUACCACCACCCUCUGAUCGCUGCGUCAGUUUAGCUUCAUUGUCGUGUUGUGUUCAAAGAAGAAGGAAAGAAACGAACACAUUUUGCCGUCAUGGCGUCUUUUAAGUUGGAUUUUCUCCCUGAGAUGAUGGUGGACCAUUGCUCUUUGAACUCUAGUCCUGUUGGGAAGAAGAUGAAUGGGUCUCUGGACCACCCCGACCAACCAGAUGUUGAUGCCAUUAAGAUGUUUGUGGGACAGAUUCCACGGUCCUGGUCUGAGGAGCAGCUUCGUGAACUAUUUGAGCCUUAUGGAGCAGUUUAUGAGAUAAAUGUUCUCCGAGACCGCAGCCAGAAUCCACCACAGAGCAAAGGCUGCUGUUUUAUAACAUACUAUACUCGAAAAUCAGCCUUGGAAGCACAGAAUGCUCUGCACAACAUGAAGAUUCUUCCAGGGAUGCACCACCCGAUCCAGAUGAAGCCGGCUGACAGUGAGAAAAACAAUGCAGUGGAGGACAGGAAGCUGUUUAUCGGAAUGAUCUCAAAGAAAUGUAACGAGAACGACAUCCGACUGAUGUUCUCACCGUACGGACAGAUAGAGGAGUGCCGGAUACUUCGAGGCCCUGAUGGACUCAGCCGAGGUUGUGCAUUUGUGACAUUCACAGCGAGACAAAUGGCCCAGUCAGCCAUCAAGUCCAUGCACCAGUCCCAGACCAUGGAGGGCUGCUCGUCGCCCAUCGUGGUGAAGUUCGCAGACACUCAGAAGGACAAGGAGCAGAAGCGCAUGGCCCAACAGCUGCAGCAGCAGAUGCAGCAGCUCAGUGCUGCCUCCAUGUGGGGAAAUCUCACGGGGCUCAACAGCCUGGGGCCUCAGUACCUGGCACUUUACUUACAGCUACUGCAGCAGUCGGCCUCCACGGGGAACGCACUCAACAACCUGCACCCUGUUUCAGGUCUUAAUGCCAUGCAGAACCUGGCUGCUCUAGCAGCUGCAGCUACUGCCACACAGGCCACGCCCACAGGCUCCAGCGCCAUGACGACAUCUAGCAGCCCACUAAGUGCACUAACAAGCUCAGGCUCCUCCCCAACCUCCAGCAGCAACUCAUCAGUCAACCCCAUGGCUUCUCUGGGGGCCCUGCAGUCUCUGGCUGCUGGUGCUGGAGCUGGACUCAACAUGGGCUCUCUGGCAGGCAUGGCGGCUCUGAACGGCAGCCUCGGCACUGGAGGCCUGUCUAAUGGCUCAGGAAACACCAUGGAGGCACUGAGCCAGGCCUACUCAGGCAUCCAGCAGUACGCUGCUGCUGCGCUCCCCAGCCUGUACAACCAGAGCCUGCUGUCCCAGCAGAGCGUCUCAGCUGCAGGCAGCCAAAAGGAAGCCAGCGACAGUCGCAGCACUGGUCCAGAAGGUGCCAACUUGUUCAUCUACCACCUGCCCCAGGAGUUCGGAGACCAGGACCUGCUCCAGAUGUUUAUGCCCUUUGGAAACGUCAUCUCUGCUAAAGUCUUUAUCGACAAACAGACAAACCUCAGCAAGUGUUUUGGCUUCGUGAGCUACGACAACCCCGUGUCAUCGCAGGCGGCCAUCCAGUCAAUGAAUGGUUUCCAGAUCGGUAUGAAGAGGCUGAAGGUGCAGCUGAAGCGCUCAAAGAAUGACAGCAAGCCUUACUGAAGGUGCUGAGGCACUGCAGACUUAGUUAGGCAGGGCGGUGUUAUGAUCUCUUCCUGUUUGCCCCUAGCAUGUUGAUGUGGCGUCACAGUUCAUCGUCCAGUCCUUGUCUUCUGCGCUUCUCUGAUGCUUCCAAUUUCACCAUUGACCUUGUGUUUGGCAUUGAUUACCAGGAGGUUUUUGUUUCGUUGUUUCCCAUGUGUCCUCUGUGCUGCCAACAGGGGCACUAGAAAGACUGCCCCUGAACAUGUUCAAAACUUCAUUCAGAUUAUUACAGUCAUAAAAAGAGAUCUAUUUUUCUAGAACGUUCUCACGUGACCACUAGAGAUUUUGCAGAAUCAGUUUGACACAAGUCUGACCUUUGUUUUUAUCUCCUGUGUUGUGGAGCAGUCCUCCCAGUGCCCCCUUCCUCUGGGUUUGUUUUUGUGUGUGUGUGUGUGUGUGUGUGUGUGUGUGUGUGUGAAGCAGCUAAUCUGUCUGUGGUGGUGUUGUGUGUGAGUGCUGGUGUGUGUGUGUCUCCUGAGUUAGAAAAACUUUUCAACCAAGUUAGUGAUCAUGUGUUGUUAGAUAUUAGUUAUUUAAUGCUAGGCUAGCUAAGGGUUCAUCCGUGGGAGUUCCCAUUUGAGUGAUGUUGUGAGACAGUAACACAACCCGUUCUCAUUACCAGGUCGUCAAAUUACUGAUGCUUUGUCGCACCCCUCAGCGUCUCAUAGUGAUGCACAGGGCGCCCUUUGGCAUCUCACAUUGUUACAUGGGUUAAUGUUGUGAAACGGUUGCAGUUAGAUUUAGAAAAAAGGUCACGUUUUGGGUUAAAUAAAUGUUUGUUAGAUAACGUAAACAUGUAAAAAUUGGAUAAUGUUACGUUAAAGAAACCACACUGAUUUUUGGUUUAACACUGGACACGAAAUGCAGGUUCUGGAUGAAAGUCCAGUUUUGUUUAACACCUCUGUCCCACCCUACUUGGAUUAUUUGAUCACAGCGUCAAGUAUCGCCACGGAGGAGUUUACGCUGGAGUUAGCUGAAAGCUCAGUACGUCUCAUAAAGAAGCUAAAGGGUGGCUUUGAUAUGAUAUCACACACUGAAGCGCGUGACAAAGCGUCCAUAUUUGAUGUCCUGGGAAUGAGAACGGGCUGGGUAACAUUUUUUGUGUCGGUGUGAAAAUCUGAUUUUACUUUAAGCCUAUCGACUGACCUCCGCAAGCACAUGAUGCUGUUCUGCUCGUUUAUUUUUAUUUUUUUGUGUGUGGGGAAUCAGACAAAAUCCACAGAGGAGAGACUUUUGUCAAAGUAUAUUUAGUAUGCAUGUUUUUUUUAAUAUAUAUAAAUAUAUAUAUAUAUAUAUAAAGUAUAUCUGCACUGAAAUUCUUGGCAAAAUGUGAUCUAGUUUGUGUUAAGUUAAAUGAAUAAACUGGUGCCAAAUGUUUUGCACAAUCAG